AUGGAGGGCGGCAGCAGCGGGGUCCCCCCGGCCGGGCCGCUCGGGGUGGCGAGUGAGUUCCCCUCGUGCCCGCUGCCGCCAGGAAGCGAGGUCGCAGCGUGGCCGGCGGAGCCCGAUGGGGCGGCCAAGGGAGCGGCGGCCGAGGGCGGGCCGCGGCGGGCUCUGCGGACAGUGUACGUGCGGAGCGAAAGACCCCGGAAUGGCCCCGAGGCGGGUGCGCUGCAGUACCUGCUGCGGGCCUGCGAGGCCGAGGGCGCCCACCUCACCUCCUUGCUCUUCGGGGAGCUCGACUUCGGGCAGACGGCAGUGCUGGACGCCUUCUAUGAUGCAGAUGUUGCCAUGGUGGACAUGAGCGACGUCUCCAGACAGCCUUCCCUCUUCUACCAUCUUGGAGUCCGUAAAAGCUUUGGCAUGGCCAAUAACGUGAUCCUGUACCAUGACACGGACGCCAACACUGCCCUUUCAUUGAAGGAUAUGGUAACACAGAAAAACACAGCAUCUAGUGGCAAUUAUUAUUUCAUCCUGUACAUCCUGACACCGUGCGCUGAUUAUUUCUGCUGCGAGAGUGAUGCCCAGAGGCGAGCCUUGGAGUACAUGCACCCCAACUGGGACACCAUCUUGGGCCUGCUGUGUGUGCCCCUGGUGGACAGGUUCAUUAGCCUCCUCACAGACAUCCACGUGACUUCAUGUGUUUAUUACAAAGAAACCCUGUUAAAUGACAUUCGGAAGGCCAGUGAGAAAUACCAAGGCAACGAUCUGGCAAAGGAGCUGGCUCUGAUCAAACUAUGCUUGGAUAAUACCGAGGUUCUGACCUCAGACAUCGUCAUUAAGUUGCUGCUGUCCUACUGUGAUAUCCAGGACUAUGAUGCAAUGGUGAAGCUGGUAGAAAUGCUGGAAAUGAUGCCUACUUCUGAUUUGGCUGAUCAGCAUAACAUUAAAUUCCACUGUGCAUUUGCACUAAAUAGGAGAAACGGUGUGGGCGAUCGGGAGAAGGCUCUUCAGGUCAUGCUCCAGGUUCUGCAGAAUUGUGCCCACCCAGCACCCAACAUGUUCUGCCUGUGCAGAAGGAUCUAUAAGGACAUCUUCUUGGACUCAGACUGUAAAGAUGAUGCCAGCCGAGACAGCACCAUUGACUAGUAUCACAAAGGGUUUGAGCUGCAGUUAUCUCUCUAUUCUGGAAUUAACCUUGCAAUUUUGCUGUUGGUUGCUGGACAAAAAUUUGAAACUUCCAUGGAACUAAGGAAAAUAGGUGUCCGACUGAACAGUGUGUUGGGGAGGAAAGGUUGCUUGGAGAAAAUGAGCAAUUACUGGGAUGUGGGUCAGUUCUUCAACGUAAGCAUGUUGGCAAAUGAUGUUGGGAAGGCGGUCCAAGCAGCAGAAAAGUUAUUCAAACUGAAGCCUCCAGUCUGGUACCUGCAAUCAUUAGUUCAGAACUUAUUAUUAAUUCAGCGCUUCAAGAAACCCAUUAUCAAACAUUCACCUAGGCAAGAACGGCUUAACUUCUGGUUAGACGUAAUUUGUGAGGCAACAAACAAAGUUGCUAAUGGACUCAGAUUUCCAGUUCUGGUGAUAGAACCAAUCGAAGUCUACCAACCUUCUUAUGUGUCUAUAAACAACGAAGCCGAGGAGAGAAUGGUUUCUUUAUGGCAUGUCUCACCCACAGAAAUGAAACAAAUACACGAAUGGAAUUUUACAGCCUCUUCCAUUAGAGGAGUAAGCAUAUCCAAGUUUGACGAACGGUGUUGUUUUCUUUACGUCCAUGAUAAUUCUGAUGACUUUCAAAUCUACUUUUCCACUGAAGACCAGUGUAGUAGGUUUUGCUCUUUGGUCAAAGACAUGAUAACCAACGCGGUGGGCAAUACAGUCGAGCUGGAGGGAGAGACGGAUGCAAACACGUUAGAGUACGAGUAUGACCAGGAUGCCAAGGGCGAUCGUGUUGUGUUGGGGAAGGGCACAUAUGGGAUCGUGUACGCUGGAAGAGAUCUGAGCAAUCAAGUGCGAAUAGCCAUCAAAGAAGUCCCAGAACGGGAUAGCAGGUACUCUCAGCCCCUGCAUGAGGAGAUAGCUCUGCACAAGUACCUCAAGCACCGCAACAUCGUUCAGUACCUGGGCUCUGUUUCGGAGGAUGGCUACAUUAAGAUAUUUAUGGAGCAGGUGCCUGGGGGGAGCCUUUCUGCUCUUUUGUGAUCCAGAUGGGGGCCGAUGAGGGAACCCACGAUCAAGUUUUACACCAAGCAGAUCCUGGAAGACCUUAACUAUCUCCACGAAAACCAGAUAGUGCACAGAGACAUAAAGGGGGAUAAUGUUCUGGUAAAUACCUACAGUGAAGUGGUGAAAAUUUCUGAUUUUGGAACCUCUAAACGACUUGCAGGAGUGAAUGCAUGUACAGACACUUUUGCAGGCAAGCUACAGUUCAUGGCGCCUGAGAUUAUAGACCAGGGACCUUGUGGGUAUGGUUCCCCAGCUGACAUCUGGUCCCUGGGCUGUACUAUCAUUGAGAUGGCAACCAGCAGGCCUCCGUUCCAUGAGCUCGGUGAACCGCAGGCAGCAACGUUCAAAGUGGGGAUGUUUAAGAUCCACCCUGAGAUUCCAGAAGCCCUUUCGGCUGAAACCAGAGCUUUCAUUUUAACCUGCUUUGAGCUGGACCCCCACAAAAGUGUCACAGCAGCUGACCUACUCAGAGAAGGUUUCUUAAGGUAGGUGAACAAGGACAAGAAGAACAGAAUUGCUUUCAAGCCCUCAGGUGGUGGCCGGGGCGCUGCCCUGGCCCUACCCUUGCCCAGGGAGCCCAUGGGCAGCAGCAGCAGUCAGUACAGCUCUGUCUCCCCCGACUCAGACGCCCACCCUGACGUGUUCUUCAACAAGCCCAGGGCGCUGCCCUCCAAGGGGUGGCCCAAGCACCCCCCCAGUCACCUGCUCAGUGUCACAGAUGAGAGCUCGGCCUCGGAAGACCGGAGCAUGGCCUCUUCCCCGGAGGACAGGAACCCAGGCCUCUUCCUGUUGCGCAAGGACAGUGCGCGCUGCGCCAUCCUGUACAAAAUCCUGUGGGAGGAGCAGAACCAGGUGGCUUCCAACCUGCAGGAGUGCGUGGCCCAGAGUUCAGAAGAGUUGUCUCUCUCAACUGGCCACAUCAAGCAAAUAAUUGGGAUCCUGAGGGACUUCAUCCGCUCCCUGGAGCACAGGGUGAUGGCAUCGAUGAUCUCAAAGCUUAAGGUAGACCUGGACUUUGACAGUGCAUCCAUCAAUCAGAUUCACCUGGUGCUGUUUGGCUUUCAGGAUGCCGUAAAUAAAAUUUUGAGGAACCACUUAAUUAGGCCCCACUGGAUGUUUGCAAUGGACAACAUCAUCUGCCGGGCGGUACAGGCUGCUGUCACCAUUCUCAUUCCAGAGCUACAGGCACACUUUGUGCCUGCCUCUGAGAUAGAAGGGGUGGAUACAGAUGUGGAUGAGGUGGAAGAGGACUGCCCCUCCACAGACCCACAUGGAAGUGAGGUGCAAGCCAUGCAUGAGGGGAGCAGACCCGGUUCUGCGGUUGUUCUGGAGAUCUCACCCCACCAGCAGCAACACCUGAGACUCCAGCUGGGCAAGCUCAGGCAGGAGACCAACAGACUUUUGGAACACCUAGUUCAACGAGAGUGAGAAUACCAGAAUCUCCUACGGCAAACUCUAGAACAGAAAACUCAAGAAUUGUAUCAUCUUCAGUUACGUUUCAAGUAUAACGAUAUUGCAGAGAACCCAGCACCCCAUCAUGAGUCUCAUGAGGAGAGAACAGAUAAAGAGCUUGUAGAUUGGCUGAAACUGCAUGGAGCAGAUCCUAAUACAAUUGAAAAGGGGUGGUCUCCUCUGCAGGAUCUGGAAUGCAGUCACCCAGCACAGAAUACAAGCUCAGGAGCCCUCAAAGACCAAAGAUGAGGUUUAAGCACAGUCAAGCCAGCCAUGGGACUGAGUGAGCAAAUCCCCCUUCCCCCAGUCUUUGCUGGUAAAGCAGCUGUUAAUAUACAUACUUUACAUAAGAAAUGCAGUUUUAAAAGCUAUCCUAUGUAAAUGGAUUGCUUACCCAUUAUUGAUGCAUGUUUUAAAGAUGAGCUGUACAGACUGUGAGCCUUAGUUUUGACAUCCCAGAGUAUCACAAAAAUCUUAAAAUUGACUUCAAUGAAAAAAAAGAUGAGCACACCCUAUCACACUUGCUAAAAAUGCAAAAGUUUUUAUUAUUUUAAAAGGCUGGAAAACUACGAUGUUAAACUAUACAUGAUCAUUAACUGGUAUUGCACUUAAAUUUGAGAAAUGUGAUUAAGAAUAUUCCUUGUAUUUAAUGUAAAUAGAAAACUAUUAAGAAAAUAGUUUCGUAUUUAUAUUGAAUUAUAAAUGAAGAAAACUAAACCAUCUGGCCUUUGAAAUGAUUAUGAAGAAGUCUUAUUUAACAAUGGCAUUGUCCUUCCACCCCCUGCCCUAAUAACAAAUACUGUGUUUUAUCAUAGAGAACCGCUGGUGAUAAUGGGCUUCAGCACCAACUCUGCAUUCCCAUUGCGGGGGGUGGGUGGUGCUCUCAGGGGCAGCUGUAUGAACUAGUGGUUAAUGCCAGUCUGCCACUGUAAGGAGCACAGCACUGAUACCUCAGGGGAAUGAUCUCCUCUCCCCCCCAGAAGCUGGCAGGGUUGAGGCAGCAAAUCAAUUGGAAUUAUUUUAAGAACCAUUUUGGGAAAUGCUGUAUUUCCUAUUUUAGACCUAUAUAAAUCUAAAAUCUUACCAAAACCUUUAUAUUAUUCACACUAAAUAGUAAGUCCUUAACGCAACAACAUAUA